GUCAUUAGUUCUCUCAUUGUAUAGUUAUUGCUGGUCGCUUAAGGUUGUAGGAUUUAAUAUUGUUUAAACACCGUAACAAUUUUCUGAAAAAAUGACUUCAACGUUAAUAAAGUAUAAUGUCAUACUUAUAGUACUAUGCAUCGGAAUCACGUUGAUUCAUAAUUCGUCAGAAGUCAAAAAGGAUGUCAUCUUAUACUACAAUCAUCUCAGCCCGCAAUGCAGAUCCGUUUUGUUGACUCUCGGAGCUUUUGAUUUGGAAAUUACUUUAAUACCUAUUGAUCUUUUGAAUGGCGAACAACUUCCAGAAAAACUCCGCGAAAUAAAUUCUCUACACACUGUACCGGUACUAGAGGACGGUGACUUUGUUUUGUCGGAAAGUAAUGCAAUCAUCGUGUACUUGGUCCAACAAUACGGCGGAAGUGAUCAUUCGCUGUAUCCCAAAGACCUGAAAAUUCAAGCUCAGGUCAACCAAAUACUGAAUUUUGAAAGCAGAACCUUGUAUCCGGCUAUUAAAAAUUUAUACAUGAAUAUUCACUUUAUUAUUAUAUAGAUCAAUAAGCAACGGUUAUUAAUUUAUGGCUAUCGUUUAAUGCAAUUGCUUAUCCGCUCGGUGUUUUUAAACACGUCAGGUACCUGCUACCUACCAUUUAUAUUUUCACACAAACGCUGAAUAUUCCAUACCAACCAAUUAUUAAACGUUUUACGUGAUAUCUACUGAAACGGUUCACCCGAUCGGGCGAUCCGUGUCGUAAAUAACAAACUCUUGAAUUUGUUUAUAGUAAUCAGUUCUUUCUAUUUCUAUCUAAAUUCUAUUAUAUUUACAAUAGGGACCAAGUAAAGCGUCGAUUUGUGCCGACCAGACUUAAUAAGUGGGUCGACACAAUCGGAGGUGCUUGGGUUAUGAUCGGGCAAUUGCCGGAUCCUAUUUACAUAUUUAUGAAUGGUAUUGAUAUUUAGUUAUAUACAAUAAUUAUCGGGCGGGGGAGUCGGCCGUCGUCGGUACAAACUUAGUUAAGUGGUACUCCGACGAUGAACCAGACUCGGGUCGAUCAACUUAGUUAAGUGUCGAGGUUGUACGAGUGGUGGCCCUGAAAAGGGCCGUUUAUUAGGAUAGCGCCGGAGUUCGGUGACUGCUCGGUAAUAUCCUAAGCUGGAUCAGUUGAUGGCGAUGAUUGCAGAUGGGUCGUCUCCGUGGAUCGGCGUAGUUGCCCUCUGGUCGAUGAUUGUGUUCGUGGCACUCGCGGAUCACGUGGAAUGAUCUCGAUCUUGGUGUCCGGCGAUCAUACGACGUUUGGGACCGUGGAACGGCGUGUCGUACUGUCGUCGCGGAUUUGCCGGUCGAUGCAAUUACUCGCCGUGGAACGGGAGUGUUGUUGGUGUCCG